AUGAAAACCAUAUCACUUCUUUCACUCUGCACGGCCGCCUGGUCCCAUGCCCUGCCGCACUCUGACAAGGCGCGGAUAGUCAGAUCGCGCGCUUUUGAUCGUGAUGUAGACCUAUAUGCGAACUGGCCUUCGUACGAUGACCUGCCUCUGGACGCCUCCUAUCCAACCAAGGCGGCAUGGGGGGUCUGGGGUGCGGACGACGAGCUCGGGGCCCUGAACCACAUCACCAACGACACCAUCGUCGCGGCCUCGUCCGAGAUCCAGCUCGGUCUCGCCAUGCCAUUGAACCUGCAGCUCGACCUGCCGGGCCCGCCGCCGAACCCGGCGCGGAAACCGCUGCAGCAUCUCUUCCAGCCGGGAGACGGGUACACAGACGACGUGGUGGUGAUGAACACGCAGGUCUCGACGCAGUUCGACGGGCUACGCCACUUCCCCUACUCGGCCAACAACAGCGUGGAGACGUACCAGUGGUACAACGACCUGAUUCCCAGCUACAACGACGUUAUCGGGCCCUCCCCCAGUGAGACGUUGGGGAUUCAGGUCGCGGCCCAGAAGGGGAUCGCUGUCCGGGGUGUGCUCUUUGACUGGGCCGGCUGGAUGGACUCGCAGAACAAGACGUUUGAUGCCUUCAGCCCAACCUCGAUCACGACGGAUGAACUGGACGCGGUAGCGGCUUGGCAGGGCCUCCCCGAGGAUUGGUCUCGGGCGGGCGACAUGUUGGUGUUGCGCACGGGCUGGGUGAGGCAGUACCAGACUCUCAACGAGACCGGCGACGUGCUGCUUCCCAUUGGUGCUGGGACGUGGAUCGGGAUGGAGGCGAGCGAGCAGUCGUUGCGCUGGCUAUGGGAGAAGAAGCUGAGUCUGGUGGGCGCGGACAACCCAGCAUUCGAGAGUACCCCGUUCAACAGGACGAUACACGGCGAGACGCGGUCUCUUCACCAGAUCUUCAUUGGUGGCUGGGGCCAGAACAUCGUUGAAUUUCUGGACCUCGAGGCCUUGACAGAGAAGCUGCACCAACUUGGCAGGUCUACGUUCUUCCUGACGAUACAGAACCUCAACAUCGUGUCCGGGAUUGCAUCGCCCCCUAAUGCGCUGGCAAUCAUUUGA